GCUUUGCCUGCUUAACGCCGCCAACACCAAACAAUGAUGCAAUCGAACAUGGCCGCAAUUGGAUCGUUCAUGAUCUGCUCAGUGCUGUAUACUUAUUUUUAGCUCUUCCAGUCGUUGGCACCCAGGCAUAGGCAUAUUUCUUGCCCUCCUCAACCGAUCUUCAUCCGUGAAAAAGAAACCAGUGGCAUCGUUAAUCUCCUGUCGUUUCCGGUGCACUUCAUUUUCACACUGGUACUUCAAGCUGGAAACAUACUCGACUUCCGCCCUUUGAUCCAAAGAGCUGAGCUGCCUGGACGUAAAGCCCUGCACCUCCGCAGGAUUGACAAAAUAGUCGACCUUGUAUCUCGGCGUGACUCGAUGCAUGGUGUGCGGCGGGACAGGGGAGUCAUAGCGGACUUGGGGGCCAGGGUUUGGCGUUGAGGAAAAUAGAGAGGAAAGUAACGGGAGAAUAAAAAGCAACAACAGUGGCAGAAGCUGAGUCAACGCAGACAGACCGCUACCGGCAGUUUCUGCGCUCGCAUCCCUCGGUCUUCGUCUCGGGGUCGUGCCACCCAUGCGGUGAACAGUAAAACCUGGACCUCCACCCAUAUUGAACACAAACUGAGGGCCACCAAAUCCUCCGCCUCCUACCAUAGCCCCAUACCUCCACCAAAGAAUCGGUUGAACAAUUCCUCCGGCGAGAUCUCAUCUUCGUACAUCGGGCCACGUCCAGGAGACCUGGCAAAUCCACUGAAAGGACUCGGCCCGCCCGCAGCGGCGCUGCCGCUGCUUGAAAAGCGGUUAUCUGGAUCGCCGCCAAAUUUAUCAUAUCUUGACUUCUUGUCCGCAUCGGAUAAUAUUUGGAACGCUCGGGAGACCACUGUUCUUGUUAGUGCCAACCACCAAGCAAUCGUUCAAUAUACUGACUUUUGAAUGCCUCGUCGGCUCCUUCGUACCCAUUCUUAUCGGGAUGGGUCAAGAGACUCAAUUUUCUAUAGGCCUUUUUGAUCUCGCCAUCACUUGCUGUCUUCUCAACGGCCAGAAUCUCGUAAAACGCCGUUGGGCUACAUCUUCGUAUCCGAAUCACUUCAGCUUUUUGUUGGGGGGUAUAUUUUCGUUCUUGGUUGCCCUGCUUGUGUUCUCGCGAAGUCGCUGAGCCGUUCGCUCUGGCGUCCGAACCAGAAGCGGAUGCGGACAUGCCGCGGCCGGAGUGCGCUGAGGCACUUCAAAAACGAGGGUUUGUGACCGCCGGGAUGCUAAUUAAUGACGACGAAUCUUGCGGGAGGCAGUUGAAAAAGCGGUUUGGUGACUGUUGCUUGACGGUUGCGGUUCUGCGCGUGUGGGAAAGGUGGUCAAAGGAAGAGAAAUCGCAUGCAGCGCCGCAAUACUACUAGCAGCAUUGUAAGGUGCUGGUGGGUUGGGUUCGGGCGCCCGCAGCCGCUGCCAAAGAGUCUCGUCAGAAAUAAUAAUAAUGGGGACGCUGCAGCGGUGCCGGCAACUGGACUCGUUAGGCUCAGUCUGACCAUGACGCAGCAGGCUCACGGUGCUGCUGGUAGUACCUCAACGCCGGUAACUUUGAUGGCCUUGUUUUCCAGCUACAAGAUCAAGUCCUUACAGCCUCAAGUUCUGCACGAGUAAUCACCAACGUCCUUGAGACAGACGUCUGCUCUACCCGCAUGAUCACAUCCUGAUUCUGCGGCCCAUACAACUGCGCACCCAUACAUCGCGAUGGCUGAUCCGCGUAAACAAGAGCAGGCUAAAGAAUCCCUCUUUCACACUGCCAAAAGAUGGGGAGUCUACUUACUUACGCUCUUGACAGAAAAUCCUGUUCCUCCAGCUCUCCUUGCUACCCUAGUUUUUGCGCAGCAUGCCCGGCCUUUCCAACCACUUCCAAUGGUGUUUCCGCCAUUGCUCCUAUUCUCGACGUAUUUGAACCUUCAAGGCUAUAAGAUUGAUAGCGCAGGGACUACGGCUGCCCUUAGUGGGACAUAUCUGAUCCUCGCUGGCAGAAGGAGGGUCGGCUUCAUGAACAAAUUCGGUGCCCGAGGCAUCGUUCGAGGCGCGACCAUUGGCCUCUGCCUGGUCAACCUAGUUGGCGGCGGUCUCGCCUAUGGAUUUGGUAGGAGAUCAAAGGAGGAUGAAGAGAGAGGCUUAUAAUGCCGCUGUUGUAUAUCUAUUGACGGCUAUCUCUACGAUUGCGCCACUUCGACGAAAGCACGCAACAACACCAGUCGGGUCUUGCGUCUGGAGCCAGUCCCUGAAUCGGAUGGACCAGACCUGGCACAGAGCCAAAUCUAGCGUUGGGAGGGUCAAAAUAGCCAUGGGCUAAGGACGCCAGUUUCUCAGUGUUGAGGGAUGGUUUCUGAUAUUUCACGGAGGAGAAACUCAACCACAAACAAGGCGGUCACCAUCCGAUCGCAGGCGGAUGAGAUGGCCUGUCUUUGCAGUUAUGUGCAGCCAAAGCGCAUGGAGUUUGGGGAUGUUUCUCCUGCUUGAACCUUGGCCAGCUUGGUCACUUGUCGCUGGAAGAGAGAUGGGUUGAAGGGGAGUGAGGACUGCUCUCUAGUCCAGGUGUCAAGCUGGGAAUUUCUACCAGUCGCAUCAUCUUUUCUUUGCAGACGAGUAAGCGUGGUUUGACAAAAUGUAUCUGCCCGCAAUCAGCCAGACCAACUUGACGCUCUCUUGCUGACAGUAGUAAAGCAGUACUACUACUUAGGGAGGACUAGACGGCAAGGCUCCGGCUUAAAUACACAAGGCUGCGUAACUUGUGCAAAACAUGCCAAGCUCCGCAAACAUUUCGCAAAGAGCAUAAAUCUUCGUCCCAGCACCUCUGCGACUUGGUUUUCCUCUUCUUCACAUUUAUUGUCAAGGCGCUCUACAUACCCUUGUUGAAUGCAUUUUAUAAGUUGCGUUGACACAUUCCCGAGUCGCCGAGAUCGAUCCAAGCAGCCCUUCUAAUCCGUCCCACUUGGAUCCUGCAGUGUCUUCGACUUCGGUCGGGAUUCGUGGUGGUGCCGGUUCGCUUGUGGCUCACAUCUCUUUACAGAAAAAGAAAAAGAAAAAAAGUCAUCUAGUUAUUAUGCGAUAUAACUUGUUUCACAAUCACCCUUCUUCGUUCUCAUUUUGCCCAUUGUGUCUUCUUUUCGUUCUGUGGUUUUAGUGCAUUCGUCACGUGGUUAAUGUGGGUAGAAUUUGUCCCAAGGCACUUUCGAAGCUUCAUCAAUCCAUUGCGCCAUGAUUGAUGUUGUCAAAAUCAUGCCGAGAUCAAAAUCUAUUUUAGAAAAAGGUACGAGAAUAACCUUUGUCUCUAUCGUGUUUCACCCUUGCUCUGGUCUUCGCAUGAAGACUGCGUGGGCGUGGGUCCUCUCUGAGGAGAUACAAUUCAUGGUAUAAAUAAAAAUGAAUGCCAAAGAAAAACGAGUAAAUGAUGUUUUGAUAUUGUCAUAAGACCGUCUAUUUAAUGUGGCAAGUCAAUGGGUUCCAUCAAAAGCAGUUGCUACCUCGCAGGGAGGAUUCUGUGUUAUUCGUACAACCGGACUCCGGUGCUGGUGUAGCUCUCUUAGUCUGUCGCCGAGCAUGUAUCUCAGCUCAAAUGUAAAAGGCCACUGAGUCUACGCUCGCCUUUUAAUUCUAUCCCAGCUUUGCCUCUUGCGUUAG